GUGACAGAGAGUCAGGAUUAGCGCUCUGCUGAGGGGAUCAGGUGGGAGAAGUUUUCCACUGGACCCGCUCUGGCUCUCCUCCUCCGUCCCGCUGGGAGCAGGUGGGCCACUCGCCUGAGGACUCAAGUGACUUGUUAGGGUCUCCGGACGGUCACAUGACAGAUUCACCUUCAGUGUUUUCGGGGCUUCGGACCGUUCACCUGGAACAUUCCGCCUGGAGCGUGGACAUCCUCAAUUUGUUCAUUUGUUUUCCUCCUCCGCCUCACUUUGCUCUCCCCCUCCCCUCCCCUCCUCUUUUCCAUCUUCCCUCCCGGACCAGCAAGUGAGAAUGUGACCUUCUGCCAAAGUGCUGGAAAGCAUGCCACCGCCACAGCGGGCUCCUCUGGUGCUGAAAUAGACUCAAACAAGUCCAGGGAGGAGGAAGAGGAAGGGAGAGGGGGAAACGGGAGGAAACAAAGGGACGGCUGGAGGCGCGGACGGGAUGAGUGGAGACGAUCCGGGGCUGGAUGCGGAGCACAGGCAGUAGGCGAUUGAGAUGGGCGUCCUCGUAGGCUGCUGGAGCGACUCCCCCUGGUGGCCGCCGCUGCUUCUUCUGCUCCUGCUCGGUGAUGCCCCCUGCUGCACGGGCAGGCCGUUUGGGCUUCCUGCGCCGUCGGUGAACGUGGCCGUGGUGUUCAGCGGCUCCACGUACCAGUCGGAGAUCAAGGGGCGGCUGAGCCGGGAGAACUUCAUGGACCUGCCCCUGGAGGUGAACCCCAUCACUGUGCUAGUGAACAACACGAAUCCCCGAGCGCUGCUGACACGCAUCUGCGACACAUUGUCCACCAACCGCGUCCAUGGCGUGGUGUUUGAGGACAACGUUGGAUCGGAGGCGGUGGCCCAGAUCCUGGACUUCAUCUCCACGCAGACCGCGGUUCCCAUUGUGGGCAUCAGCGGAGGGUCCGCCGUCGUCCUGCCAUACAAGGGUGAAGGCUCCAACUUCCUGCAGCUGGGCUCGUCCAUCGAGCAGCAGAUCAACGGCAUGUUCAAGGUGAUGGAGGAGUACAACUGGGACAGCUUUGUGGUGAUCACCAGCCUCUACCCGGGCUACGAGGCCUACGUGGAUCACGUCAAGUCCUUCACAGAUACCAGCUACUUCCUGUGGGAGCUUCAGGACGUCCUGACUUUCGACAUGUCCGCCGACACCUUAAACGACCUGCGGGCGCGGAGGCUGCUGCAGCAGAUCGACGCUCAGGUGCUGCUGGUCUACUGCUCUCACGAGGAGGCGCAGUACCUCUUCAGCAUGGCGAGGGAGGCCGGACUCCUGGGGCCCGGGUACAUCUGGAUUAUACCCAGCCUGGCAGUAGGAAACCCGGAUAUCCCCCCGCCAGAGAGCUUCCCUGUAGGACUCAUCAGCAUCAUCACGGACCGCUGGAGAAUGAGUCUGAGGAAGAGGGUGCGAGACGGCGUGGCCAUCGUCGUCAAAGGGGUGCAGAGCUUCCAGAAGCAGAGGGGGUUCAUUCCUGAAGGCCAGAGCGACUGCCACGUCCCGGUGAAGCACUCGGCCGCUAACCACACCUUGUUCCGACACAUGCUGAAUGUAACCUGGGAGCACAACGACUUCUCCUUCAACAGCAAUGGCUACCUGGUCAACCCCUCCAUGAUCAUCAUCACCCUGGACCGGGAGAGGACCUGGGACAAGGUGGGGAACUACGAGAUGGGCGUCCUGCAGAUGAGGUAUCCGGUGUGGCCGCGCUACGGCUCCUACCUGGAGCCCGUGUCCGACUACAGGCACCUGACGGUGGCCACUCUGGAGGAGCGGCCCUUUGUCAUCGUGGAGGCCGUGGACCCCGAGACCGGCACCUGCGUCAGCAACACCGUUCCGUGCCGCCGGCAGUCCAACAAGACGGAGGCCAUUGUGGGUCACACGGAGCCGUACACCAAGCUGUGCUGCAAGGGCUUCUGCAUCGACAUCCUGAAGAAGCUGUCCCGCACCAUCAAGUUCUCCUACGACCUCUACCUGGUCACCAACGGGAAGCACGGCAAGCUGGUGCGAGGCAUUUGGAACGGAAUGAUUGGAGAGGUGUUCUACAAGCGAGCGGACAUGGCCAUCGGCUCACUCACCAUCAACGAGGAAAGGUCGGAGAUCAUUGACUUCUCUGUGCCGUUCGUGGAGACCGGGAUCAGCGUCAUGGUGGCUCGGAGCAACGGCACGGUCUCGCCUUCUGCGUUCUUAGAACCGUACAGUCCGGCCGUGUGGGUCAUGAUGUUCGUCAUGUGUCUGACCGUGGUCGCCAUCACCGUCUUUGUCUUCGAAUACUGCAGUCCGGUGGGCUACAAUCGCAGCUUGGUCAGUGCCAAAGAUCCCGGCGGUCCCACCUUCACCAUCGGGAAGUCCGUGUGGCUGCUGUGGGGAAUCGUCUUCAAUAACUCCGUCCCCAUCGAGAACCCCAAAGGAACCACCAGUAAGAUCAUGGUGCUGGUCUGGGCCUUCUUCGCCGUCAUCUUCUUGGCGUCCUACACUGCCAACCUGGCUGCCUUCAUGAUCCAGGAGCAGUACAUCGACACGGUGUCGGGCCUCAGCGACAAGAAGUUCCAGAAGCCACAGGAGCAGUACCCUCCUUUCCGCUUCGGCACCGUCCCAAACGGCAGCACUGAGCGAAACAUCCGGAGCAACUACCCGGAGAUGCACGCCCACAUGGUCAAGUACAACCAGAAGGGCGUGGAGGACGCGCUCAACAGCCUGAAAACCGGGAAGCUGGACGCCUUCAUCUACGACGCGGCGGUGCUCAACUACAUGGCCGGGAAGGACGAGGGCUGCAAGCUGGUGACCAUCGGCAGUGGGAAAGUGUUCGCCACCACCGGCUACGGCAUCGCCCUCCAGAAGGAUUCCCGCUGGAAGCGACUGAUCGACCUGGCGCUGCUGCAGUUCCUAGCCGACGGCGACACCCAGAAGCUGCAGACCGUCUGGCUCACGGGAAUCUGUCGCAACGAGAAGAAGGAGGUGAUGAGCAGCAAGCUGGACAUCGACAACAUGGCGGGCGUCUUCUACAUGCUGCUGGUGGCCAUGGGCCUGAGCCUGCUGGUGUUCGCCUGGGAGCACCUGCUCUACUGGAAGCUCCGCCAUUCCGUCCACAAGUCGGAGCGGCUGGACUUCCUGCUCGCCAUCAGCAGGGGCAUCUACAGCUGCUUCAACGGUGUGGAGCACACCGAUCGCAGCAGCAGCAUGCAGAGUCCAGACAUCACCACCAACUACUCGCAAGCCAACAUGCUGAAGAUGCUCAAGACGGCCAAAGACAUGGUGUCUUCCGCCAGAGUGGAGAACUCUCUGGACAACGCCACCAAGACCAUCGAGAACUGGAGCAGACGAGGAGCCGAGAACGUGCGGACGGGCCUCUCUCCCAGAGUGACGGCCACCGACUUGAACCACGGUCGCCUGCCUUACAUCUCCAGCAUCACUGACAACCACUCGCCGUACCCCCAGAGGGCGCUCACGCCGACCUUCCCCGUUCCUUACGGGGACUCCGCCACUCAGCCGCUGCUGGACAAGCCUCGCGUGGUGACCCGGCCCACGCCGCUCCGCUACACGCUGCCCGCUCGCAACUCCUCGCACAUUUUGGAGCGGACUCUUCCCAUCUCCAGCCUCAGCAGCCCACAUCUCGCCAUGGGUGGUGACGCCGCCUCUCCCGGCACAAGCCUUCCUCACCACAGACUCUACGUGGAGAACCCGGCCAGGCAGCCCGCAUCCUCCUUCCUUCCUUACAGGGAGGUCCACACCCCCAGCAUCUACCUGGAGCACAAGGUUCCGCUGAGAAGAAAGUUCAGUUACCCGCCUGACUGCGUGAGCCGGAGGAGACGGUCCCACAGCUACCUGUUCUCUGACGCCCUGGAGCCGAGGGGGAAAGACGACUACGACGAACCACGGGCUUGUCUUGCGGAGCUGAGAGCCAACCACCUGCUCAACAACCAGGCCGCAGUCGCUGGCCCUUCAGGAUUCUACCCUGGCGGCAGCUGCAACUCCUGCAUGAAGUCCUACCUGGAGCCCGACUUGGAUGACAUACCUCUGCUGGGGAAGGACAAACUCAACCGCCGGGCCUCCUUCCUUAAAGCCACGUGGGGUAACGACAGGAUUCGGCAGGCGGACGAGACCAAGCCUUCCGCGUCCGGCCGCGGGGACGUGCCAGAUCUCUUCCCCAGAGUGGUGCUCGCCAGUUCCAAGCCGCACAAGCUUUACGGCAGUCUGGGCCACAACCUGUCCUGCUACCCCUUAGCUGCCGAGCCCGCCUACUUGGACCCGGCCCACAUGGGCUCCUAUCCUUACAAGCAGAAGGUCAAGUAUGCCGACUCCGCCCAGCUACCCUCCUACCGCGAGGCCAUCUUGCAGAAUGCGGCCGCGUUACGACGCUCGUCCUCGACCCUGCUGCACAGACACUACUCCUCCUACCUGAACUCCUACACAGACUCACCCGUGUGUGUGGGGCCGCCGGCCCAGUUCUACGAGGCUUCGAAAGACGUGUGCCACUUGUAUCCCUGCACCAGCCGCUGCUCAGACAACACGGCCAUGCUUCCCCGUGUGGGCGGCCGACUGGGUUUCCACAACAAUUUGCUCGGGGUGUAUGAGGGAUCAGGCAAGCGGGACGAGCCCGGCAGCCGGGAACGAAGGCAGGUUUUGGUGGCGCGCAGAGUGAACAGUCCCUAUGUGCCAAAGCCAUGGGGCAGGGUGUCCAGCCUGGAGUCCGAGGUCUGAGCUGUGCCCUUGUCAGACCCCCGGGCGGUCGGACUGCGACCCCUGUCCGCAUGUCUCCCAGCCUUUGGUUCAAGCAAAAAGUGAAACUCCACACCGCUAGUGUACUUGAGAGCGCGACUCUCCACUCUCAGUGCAAUAAACCGCCGGGCAGCACGAGAACGACUGCUGAGACUUUUCACGCCAAACUGGACUGACUCAAGUAUUUAUGAAGAAUUUAACCUCCUGAUUGUUAACUAAAGGACUUUUGAACGCUGUGCAACUGAGGAAGACUGUGGGAGACGAUAUACUCCAGCCUCUCCACGUGACAUUCAUUUCCUCCUCAUCGGCCCUUUUACGUUAGUGAGUCACGCCAUCAUUUGGAGCCAAACCCACAACAAAGUCUUCCAGGAAGUCGACCAACUCAGCUACUUCUUUUACGCAGAAACGCGACGUUUUUAUCAGCGACUCAAAUUACGAAGAAGACCUCAUCUGUCGUUCACUUUCUUAAAGCAUAUUAAAGUAUUUAAAGGUACAGUGGUGAGUUUUUCAGUGUCUGAUUCGCGAGUGGAUCACGUGCAGCUGACAGUGACUUCAGUGAUAUGGGCGAGUAAAUAGACUGAAGUAAAGUUGCCAUGGUUUGGCAUCACUUCACUGCUGAGUCCAUCAGGGAUCAACCGGCCUGAAGCGUCAUCAACAUCAAGCAGAGAGCUUCAUGCUGAGUGCAACAAAAGGCGCCAGCAUCACCAUAAAAAGCAUGUCAGGCAGUGAGAGUGUGAUCACGCCGGUGUCACGUGACGGCCAUGAAGAGGAGCCUGGGGUUGGACAACACAGUUACCAGUCCGUAAGUCAAACCGAAGACAUGAGAAGGCCGGACACGAUCUUUAUUCACGGCCAAAACCCAAACGUGAGUGGAAAAUGAGCUGACACGCACGUUGCUAACAGCCACUCGAGGGCAACACACACAAACAAGCAGCUGUUUUAUUCAUGAGCAUAUGGACGGUGACGGCCGCGAGCCUGGAGUCUGACUUCAUUUCCCCUCUCCACACUCGCCACUAAAGCCAGGGUCUCUGGAAGGCCACCAAUUUUGGUGGUUGACCACUGGCUUCCUCACCAGGGCUGGACAGCAACACAACCGCAUGAAAGCUUCCACACACAACACCUUGGCAAGUCAAGACAGCCGGAGAAUCUGCUCUCCAAGAGUCCAGUACCAUCGCCUUGUUUCAUUCACUCUGCGAUGAAGGAGAAGACGGACGCGGCGCCCUCGGCCCCGAGACGAACCACGGCGUGACGGCGCUUAUGUAUUCUGCCCCGCGCCUGGAAGUGAUGAGGGCCCGGCUGAUUGCCGCCGGGAUGAUAAAUGAUUCCUGGCGCUCCGAUCGAAAAUAUCAUUCCUUUGUGCAGGGCGAGCGACUGGAGCGUCUGCAGGCAAAACGGACGACGCUGACAGUAGAACAGGAGGAUGAAAGAGCAGCGCCGCUUUCAUGUCGGAGGGGAGAAGAGCAGCCCGUCGUGUCGGCUGCCUCUCUCUGACUGGCUGGCCACCGCCACCAUCUGGAGCCUGUUUCCAAAACCAGCCACUGGCGUCAUGCGACCGGUGAUGAGCUCCUGGUGUGGCGGAGCAUCGCGCUGGUGUCUCCACGUCAGGCGAACCCUCGCCCGAGCUUUCUGUGCUGACGGAGCUCAUUUGGAUGAAUCCUCCCAGAUCAUUCUUCGGCGAGCGCCUCCGGGAACCACUUUCAGAUAUAUAUUCAGUGAGUGAAGUUCUCAAGCGCUGACUGGUUCACGCCAACGAUCAGGUUCAAGGUAAAGGCUCUCUCCACCGAGGAAGCGUCCCAGAGCAAGACGUUCUGCAAACCCCAUCUUUUUUUGGUUUUGUCAUUACUGCGCAGAAAGUCCGUAAAAUCCCGCCCAAUUCACUGCAAAAGUAGCCAAGACCAGCCAGAACAAUGUUCCACCCACCUACUGGCGUGCGUUUUAAAAGUACACGGAUAGCAGUCAAGAGCGUCACAAAGAAUGUGGUGCGUAUCAAACAACCUCCAAUCAUUUUUGACUUAUUGAUAUUUGCAAGAGCUGCGGUCAAAAUUGGAGAAAAAAUGUUGGCCAAGUUGUUGGCAAGUUUACAGUUUGGUGGACGUUCUCAUAUUCUGUGCGCUUCACCACGUGCUGACUUGCCACAAGGCGCGUGUACGAGACGUACCUUCCUCAGCUGCUGCAGCUCUGGUCCCGGCCACGUCUUGACUGUUCCUACUCUUGAAGUAGGGACCGUCUCACCACGUGACGGCGGUGGAUCCAGGUGGAGCAAAAAAAACAAACAAACAACCGUUAAAUAAAUACGUGUCUCUUUGAGCAAACAGGCGACAUUCAAACACCACCUGAAGGCCUUUCAUCCCACAGCCGAGAGAAUGUGGAUGAGAACAAUGGGUCAGCUGCUCCUCCACCGCACGGACGUCACGUGGCCUUUGGUGAUAGAGAAGCACAAUGGUGUGAAUGAUUGAAGUCUGUCAGGAUGGAACGUUGACUCGUGAAAGAGCUGAGCCAGAGCGCUCAUCUUUGACUUGCAGUGGAGCCGCUGCUUCUGCUCACAGUGAGAGGCAGCGGAGGGUGAGUGAUGGUGAUGUGCCGGACGUGAGCUGGCGUUGAAGGAUCUGGCCUCUGAUGAACUGAGGAGCCAAUAAAAAGAAUCCAAGAAUUCGUGGUAACAAAUGGACGGGACGAGUGGUGGAGCGAGACCCCAUCUCGCUCGCGAGUCUUCUGUCAGACUCUGAUUUACUCCCUCCAUCAGUCUGGAGGCAGAGCCCGGCCAAACUGGGGGAGGGGAGGCGCGGCUCAAUCUCACGUCGGUGUUUACUCGGGCGCUCUGGUUUCCGCCCCAAGACAAGCCAGAGGGAGGAUAUGUGAACAAAGACGCACACAGUCAGAUGAAUCCCUGCCAUAUAUACUGUACCCCACACUACACUUCCAACACGGUCGCACCUGCAACAGGAUUUGAAAUGAAAUGUCUCGUCAUAUGAGACGUGAACGUGACGCCAAGUCACAGCCGUCAUGCCACAAUCCAACAGCAGGGCGGCGACUGAAGCCACGCACCGUGUCGCUCCGACACACCAGUUUAAAAUGUGAAUCCUUUACACAAGUUUUUAAUUUUUUGACAAGUCAAACAAAAAGGCGAGGUGGCGUGAUUCACGGGGGCAGGAAAAAAAAAAAACACAAACCGAGCCACAGAUUGAGACAGUGAUGUGGAGAAGGCACAAUCCUCAUCAUCCUCCCCACAGAUGAAACACGUUCAGGUGUCAGUCAAAGUCAGGUUUUGUUCCAAAGAGCAGCGGAGAUCUGGGACCUGGAGCAACAACACGGGAUUCCACUUCCACAUGACAAAAGAGUGAAAAGAAUCUGAGGCAAGGACAGAGGUUCCACCAGACAGAGGUCCAUGAAGAAGCCCAGUCAACUCGCAACUAUUUUCACACGAGAAGUAAAAUGGUCAUCGGAACCAUGGAAUUCAAAUUUCAGAUCAGAGGGGGACUUGACACCAGAUGGGUCGACAACAUGGGAAAAAAAACAGCCAGACAUCUAUUGGCAAAUGGCUGUGAUUUAGUUGUGGGUUUUGUUGACAGUACUGUUUGUCUAGGGUCACUUCAGGUCAACUUUUUGGGUCUGAAAUGUUCUCAACUGCAAGGAUGAGUGUGGUGUUAUGGAUCCGAAGCUACCACGAGAGUGAUGUCAGGGCCAGUUCUGUUGGCGGUCGCAGCUGAAAACCAUCCCUCCGCUUCCUCUUCACGAGUUCUUUAGCCGCGCAUCGGCCGCGGUGAGUUCCGGCGGCUGUCCAGGCACCAGUCGGGCGGGAGUCCUCAUUUCUUGGUUUCGUUGAGGAUGAUGUUGGCGGUGACAAACAUGAGGCAGAAAACGGCCCACAUCACGACGAACCACACCCAGAAGGCGUGGCGGAACGGCGAGCGGUGCUUGUUGAUGGCGUCCCGGCCCAUCACCGGCUGCACGUGGCGCCGGCCGUAGUGGACCAGCAGCGCCGGGACGAUGUACUGGAUGCCGGUGCCUGCGUAAGAGCCGGUGAUGCCCACCAGGGACUCCAGGUUGUGGGUGCAGAACGCCACCAGGAUGGGAGGCACCAGGGUGAUGAGCGGGAAGACCACGCGGUCCACCACCCACGGGUAGGUGCCGCCGUCGCGGUGGAAGAGAGUCUUCCAGUUGUUGCGCAGUGUGACGGCAAUGAUGGGGAAGUUGGUGCUGAUGGUGAAGACGGGGAAGAGGCCCAGGAAGUAGCGCAGCACGGGGAGGUCCAGCACGUCGCAGUUGUCGGUGAAGUUGAGCGUGUACAUGUCGUGCAGCAGCGAGCUCUGGAAGCAGAAGAUGGCGGUGAAGGAGAGCAGCACGUAGAAGCCCAGGAUCAGGACGUAGUCGGCCAGCACCAGGACGCCCACGCGCCUCUUGUUGGCGAUGGGCGUGAGGAGCGACGGCAGCGAGUGCUGGCACAUGAAGGAGUAGACGCAGACGCCGAAGAGGU